AAAACUCGUGUAAAUGCUUUCUGGUUCCGCCUUGCAAUACUCUCAUUCUUCGUUUUGCAGCGAUUUUCACGUUCUUGCCCACUCAGCAAAAAUCUGGUGGAUCUUGCUGUAAUCGCCGAGAGCACAGCAACGGAACGGAUCGAAAACGCGUUUUCGACAGCCACAAGAGAAUUCAAAGUGGCGCGAUUGUUGAAUGUCCGAGGAAACUCUUCUGUUCAAAAGGUAGCCUUUAGCCAACCAGCUCUUUCCUGCGACCUGUGCUUCGGCUAUUUUCCGCCUUUUGUCGGUCGAGUCCUUCGUUUCCCAACCUGUCGCCCCGUCAUCGACAGCUACGUCAUCCCAGCGCUACCACCCAUUGCGCAGCAUUUUCUCAGUGGGGAAAUCUCUCCCGACAUGUUCGACACCAAACGCGUAGCUCCGAUUAAAGUCAUCGGGACCGUUGCCCUCAACCCCACGCUCCCAGUCUCAUAA